AUGUACCGUUACUUGAAGGAGAAGGGUAGUUUCGGAAAUAUAGAUAUUGGAUUGGUCCGAAAGCCCGAUUCCAGUGUCGGGUUAUCCGGGAACCCGGAUCCAUCAGGUACUUUCUCUCUUCCUCUCUCACGGCCACCAGCACUCAAAUUGAUUGAAAUACGGUUCAUGAAUCCCGAACAAGAUGUUCUAGCUCCCGAGAAAAGGAAACAACAAAAUGUGAUGCAUAAGGCAGAUUCGGAAACCAAACUCCUCGACGUCAUUCAGCGGGUAUCAAAAGGCGAACACUCUACCUCAUCUGGUGGCAAAGCCACAGAUACCAACCUCAGUGUAUCAGAGGCAGGAAGUUCCCAGCUGACCAUAUUCUUCGGAGGAAGAGUUUUUGUAUACAAUGAGUUCCCUGAUGAUAAAGCUAAAGAGAUAAUGGAAGUCGCAAAACAAGCCAAGCCUGUGACUGACAUUACCAUUCAGACACCAAUGGAUGACGACAACAACAACAACAAAAGCAACAUGGUUCUUCCUGAUCUCAACGAGCCCACAGAUUCCGCGGAUCUCAAUCAACAGCAGCAACACCAAAAUCAGCUUGUUGAACGUAUAGCACGUAGAGCUUCGCUUCAUCGUUUCUUUGCUAAACGGAAAGACAGAGCUGUGGCUAGAGCCCCAUACCAAGUGAACCAAAACGCGGGUCAUCAUGAUUAUCCUAACAAGCCCGAGACUGCACCCGGUCAACCGCUUGAGCCGGGACACUCGUCAAAACGACCGGAGAAUUCUGUUGCUCAAACCAUGUCCCUCACAAAACCAGAAGGUGAUAAAGAUAUUUGUAUGGAGAUUGAAGAAGUAGGCCAAUGUUCGAGACAUCUCGAACUUAGGCUAUAG